UUCGAGCUGGCCAACGUGCCCGUCCUGCAGCGGCUCUACGUGGUGCCCCUCAACAGCCACGGCCCGCCCGUGGCCUCCAAGGGCCAGAGGUUGCCCAGGGAAGAGGCCCCACCCGCCGCCGCCGCUGCUGCCGCCGUGGGGGCUCUGGGCGAGGCCUGCUACCUGUGCGGGGAGGACUGCACCCAGGACGCCCGGGCCGUGCCCUGCAGGACCGUCAACGGCAGCGCCAGGAGCACCAUGCACUUCCCCUUCCUCAGCCUGCUGCCGUGCCCGCCCAACGCCCGGGCCCCCAACAAGCGGUGCGAGGUGCGGAGCUGCCCCAAGUGCUUCAGCGUCCUGGAAGACGUGUGGGCCCUGUACCGGGCCUCGCACGACGAGGAGCUCAUCACGUCGGUGCAGGGCUUCCUGGGCAGGUACCACCAGGCCUUCUCCGCCUCCGACGCCACCCUCCCGGAGCUGCCCGCCGCCACCGGCCCGGCGGCCGUCUGCUACAUCUGCGGGGCAGAGCUGGGCCCCGGCAAGGAGUACCAGCUGAACGUGAACCCUGCCAGCCGCCUGGGCGAGAGGGAGCCUUUCUUCCCCUUCCUCACCGUCUACCCGCCUGCCCCGCGCGCCCGGCCCGCGGACUCCACCGGCCUGGUGACCACCUGCGUGCUGUGCCACCACGACCUGCUGGGCCAGUGGCUGCAGCACGAGGCCCGCGGCCCGCACCACGCUGCCAGCGCCUGGUCCCGGCAGUACCAGGUGAGGACGUUCGUCUGUUUCUUCUGCCAGCGAGAGAAAAAGCGGUGCCUGGGGCUCAAGUCCGUGCGCGUGGCCCGGCUGCCCCUGUUCCUCUACGCCCUGCGCGCCAGCCGCAGCCUCCUGGUGGACGACGGGCGGCAGCUGACCAUCGGCGCCUGCGUGGAGUGCGGGACCCUGGUGUGUGCCGGCCAGGGCCUUGCCCGCCAGGCCCCCGUGGGCUGGAGCUCCCCGGCGGAACCCGUGAAGAAGGUCGCCUCUGCAUCUCUGGAAGCGUCCACGGCCACCCACCCCCCUGCCCGGGAGCCGGAGCCUCGGCCGGGCGUCCCCGCCGAGAACCUGUCCAAAGGCCCCCGGACCGCAGCGGAGCAGAGGCCAGCCCGGGGCCAGCAGAGCGGCCAGCACGGGGACAGAGGGGACCUCCCGGGCACAGGCAUGAGCCAUGAGCCCAAGUCCCCUUCGCUAGGGAUGCUUUCCACCGCGACCAGGACCACCGCCACCGUCAACCCCCUCACCCCCUCGCCGCUCAAUGGCGCCCUGGUGCCCAGCGGCAGCCCCGCCACCAGCAGUGCGCUGCCGGCCCAGGCCGCACCUUCCUCCAGCUUUGCCGCCGCACUGCGCAAGCUCGCCAAGCAGGCCGAGGAGCCCAGAGGAUCUUCACUGAGCAGCGAGCCGUCCCCCGUGUCCUCGCCGGCCACCAACCACAGCUCCCCGGCCAGCACUCCCAAGCGCGUGCCCAUGGGUCCCAUCAUCGUGCCCCCUGCGGGCCACAGCGUCCCCAGCACGCCCCCCGUUGUGACCAUCGCCCCCACCAAGACGGUCAACGGCGUGUGGAGGAGCGAGAGCCGCCCGGACUCCGGCUCGAGGGGCAGCAGCAGUGGUCGGGAGCGCCUCAUCGUGGAGCCGCCACUGCCCCAGGAGAAGGCGGGGGGCCCGGCCAUCCCCUCGCACCUGCUCAGCGCCCCCUACCCCUUCGGCCUCUCGCCCAGCUCCGUGGUGCAGGAUUCCCGGUUCCCACCGCUGAACCUGCAGCGGCCUGUGCACCACGUGGUGCCCCCCAGCACCGUGACCGAGGACUACCUCCGAAGCUUCCGGCCCUACCACACAGCCGAGGACCUGCGGGUAUCCUCCCUGCCGCCCCUCAGCCUGGACCCGGCUGCGGCCGCCGCCUACUACCACCCCGGCUACCUGGCCCCGCACCCCUUCCCGCACCCGGCGUUCAGGAUGGACGACUCCUACUGCCUGUCGGCCCUGCGGUCGCCGUUCUACCCCAUUCCCGCACCCGGCUCCCUGCCCCCACUGCAUCCGUCGGCCAUGCACCUGCACCUGUCGGGGGUGCGGUACCCGCCCGAGCUGUCGCACUCGUCCCUGGCAGCGCUGCACGCGGAGAGGCUGUCGGGCCUCAGCGCAGAGAGGCUGCAGCUGGACGAGGAGCUGAGGCGCGAGCGCGAGCGCGAGGCCGAGCGGGAGCGCGAGAAGGAGCGGGAGCUGGAGCGGCAGCGCGAGGCCGAGCGGGAGCUGGAGCGGCAGCGGGAGCAGCGGGAGCAGCGGGCCCGCGAGAAGGAGCCGCUGGCCGCCAGGGCGCCGGAGCCUGCCUUCCCGCCGGGGCCCGAGCUGCACGCGCUGCGCGGCCAUGCCGCCGAGGAGCGGCCCCGGCCCCCGGAGCAGCUGACCCCGACGCGAGCAGACAAGCUGAAGGAGUCGGGCCUGCAGGCGCCCAAGCCCGUGCAGCACCCCCUGCACCCGGUGCCCGCCCCGCCCCACGCCGUGCCCAGCCUCAUCUCCACGCACGGCAUCUUCCCGCUGCCGGGCAGCAGCGCCGCCACGGCCCUGCUCAUCCAGCGCACCAACGAGGAGGAGAAGUGGCUGGCCCGGCAGCGGCGGCUGCGGCAGGAGAAGGAGGACCGGCAGUCCCAGGUGUCCGAGUUCCGGCAGCAGGUGCUGGAGCAGCACCUGGACCUGGGCCGGCCCGCAGCGCCGAUGGAGGCGGAGCAUCGGCCCGAGAGCGCCAGGCCGGGACCAAACCGCCACGAGCCAGGCAGCCGGGACCCCCCGCAGCACUUUGGUGGGCCGCCGCCUCUGAUCUCGCCCAAGCCCCAGCACCACGCCGUGCCCACGGCCCUCUGGAACCCGGUGGCCCUCAUCGACAACCCCCUGGAGACACGGCGGGCCGAAGGCCACCCCCUGCACGGGCACUCGGCCACGUUCGAGCCCAGCCGUCCGGCCGCCGUGCCGCUGGUGAAGGUGGAGCGGGUCUUCUGCCCGGAAAAGGCCGAGGAGCCGCGGAAGCGGGAGGCGGCCCCCCUGGACAAGUACCAGCCCCCGCUGCGGGAGGCAGGCAGCUCGGAGCCGCAGGCCUUCGCCCACGGGCCCGGGCCCUUCCUGGCCGAGCUGGAGAAGUCCACACAGACCCUCUUGGGCCAGCAGCGGGCCUCCCUGCCGCCGGCAGCCGCCUUCGGGGAGCUCAGCGGGCCCCUGAAGCCGGGCUCGCCCUUCUGCCACGCGGCGGCCCGGGGCCCUGACCCCGCCUACAUCUUCGACGAGUUCCUGCAGCAGCGCCGGCGGCUGGUCAGCAAGCUGGACCUGGAGGAGCGCCGGCGGCGGGAGGCCCUGGAGAAAGGGUACUACUACGACCUGGACGACUCCUACGACGAGAGCGACGAGGAGGAGGUGCGGGCCCACCUCCGCUGCGUGGCCGAGCAGCCGCCCCUCAAGCUGGACACGUCCUCCGAGAAGCUGGAGUUCCUGCAGCUCUUCGGCCUGACCACGCAGCAGCAGAAGGAGGAGCUGGUGGCGCAGAAGCGGCGGAAGCGCCGGCGGAUGCUGCGGGAGAGGAGCCCAUCGCCGCCAGCGGCACGGAGCAGGCGGCGGUCGCCGUCGCCAAGGCCGGUGCUGUCCACCCGCUACAGCCCCGACGACAUGAACAGCAGCCCAAACCUGGAGGAGAAGAAACGGUUCCUGACCGCCUUCAACCUCACACACGUCAGCGCCGAGAAGAGGAAAGACAGAGAGAGGCUUAUGGAACUGCUGCGUGCCGUGAGGCAGAAGGCCCUGGCGGCGGCCGACUUGCUGAGCAGCUCGCCGAGGGACAGUCCCGCCGUCUCCCUGAGCGAACCAGCCGUGCAGCCAGCCUCCCUGGAGACCGAGAAGCCUGUGGGUGUCGCUGCCUCCCUGCCCGACGUCUCGAGGGCUACGGAGCCUGGGAGACUGGAACAGCUCCGCCCCCCGGAGCCGGCUCCUGCAGGCGGUGAGAAGGCCAGGCUGAGCGAGGCCCCCGGGGGCAAGAAGAACCUGAGCAUGCUCCAUUCCAUCCGGGGUGCCGCGCCCAAGGACAUUCCUGUGCCGUUGUCCCACAGCAUCACCGGGAAGACCAAGCCGUGGGAGCCCUUCGUGGCAGAAGAGUUUGCACACCAGUUCCACAAGUCCGUGCUGCAGUCCACCCAGAAGGCCUUGCAGAAGCAUAAAGCUGCGCUGUGCACGGAGCAGAACCACAAGGUCGACACUUCUGUCCACUACAACAUUCCCGAGCUGCAGCCCCCCGCCCGGGCUGCUCCGCCCCAGCACAACGGGCAGCAGGAGCCGCCCACCGCGAGGAAGGGCCCCCCCGCGCAGGAGAUGGAUGGGGACUCGGAAGAGGACGACGACGGGGACGAGGAGGACGAGGACGACGGAGCCCCCAGGCACAAGUGGCAGGGGAUCGAGGCGAUCUUUGAAGCUUACCAGGAGCACGUAGAAGAGCAAGACCUGGAGCGCCAGGUGCUGCAGACACAGUGCCGGCGGCUGGAGGCCCAGCACUACAGCCUCAGUCUCACCGCGGAGCAGCUCUCGCACAGCAUGGCGGAGCUGAGGAGCCAGAAGCAGAAGGUUGUGUCCGAGAGGGAGCGGCUGCAGGCGGAACUGGACCACUUACGGAAGUGCCUUGCCUUGCCCGCGCUGCACUGGCCGAGGGGCUACUUUAAGGGAUUCCCUAGGUGACGGUUUCCCUUACGCCAGGCUGAACCUAUAGAAUAGAAAUAUUAUCUAUUUUAUUACCUUGAAUAUUUAAUAUUUUUCACUGGGAGGUUUGAAGCUUAAAAGUAAACAAAGAAUGUGCCAUGCAUGAAGCAGGAUUCCAGGCUCGAGACAGCGCGAGCUCCCCUGGACCUCACCGCAGCUCUGCCACCUGCUCAGCGAGCCCCCGGCGCCGCCCCUCGCCUUUCGUCAGAAGGACGGGCAGCCCCCCAUCCUACCAACACUAAACGGCCAUCUGUAGCCCACGCGUGUGAUUGGGAUCAUAGCUCUGUUUCUUGGUUGGCUUCCGGGCAGUGCCGGAGGUGGGCUCCUCCCUCCGCGGCAGAGGGCUGGGGGCGUGGGAAGUCCAGGGCUUACGCGUUUGAGUUGCUUUUCUGCAAAAAUGUCCUCAGAGCAACCACCAGGCUUCCCCGGAGAAGCCCUGGCCCAACGCUGACCAUGUCCGGACUGGAGGGCCCUCCUCCGCGGUGCGCACAGGGCCGACAGCCCUCACGUGCCCACCCCGGGGACUGCGUGGGGGUUUUCACAUAAAACGUCAAUGUUGAGAGAAAAGUCAAAGGUGCUUCGGCCUUGUACUGUGUAUAUAUCAAACAAAGUUUUGUAUGUUUUUAUUACUUUAAUUAUUGUUAUAAAAGCCUGCCAUUUUUAAUAUGUGGUUUGGGGAAGUUUUGUUUGUUUUCCUGUUUGGGGGUUUUGUUUGUUGUUUGUUUUUCUGGGCAAAAAAAAAAUGCUUUGUAGUGUUUGUACUGCUGCUGGUCAGGACAUUAAAAUCCUCAAGUGUUUUUACAAAGAAGGAAAGUGAGAGCUUCCCGCGCCUCGGCCGUCCCCGCUGCGGGCGCUCGCGCUGGGAACCACGGGCUCCUCGCCCCCUCUCCCUCUGCCCCCGCCCCGCACUUGGACAAGCUAAUAGCAAACACAACCCAUUGCUAGCAAGUGAGGAGGGGACGUGACAUCCACCUGUACAGCCUGGGUGGUCUCAGGAAGCAGCCGUGCCCGAGAGCAGGUGCAGGGUAGAAACCUUAGACGCAGAGCUUUGUGAAACCUGGAGUAGGGUCUGAGCCGAGCCCUCCCCAGCGUCUGAGGCCAGCGACGGCGACAGUCACCACGCGGCAGGGUUUGGUGCCCCUCAGGAAGGCCCCUCGGGUCUCGGGACCUACCCUGAUCAGGGUCCAGACAGCAAAGGCACGGGGCUGGGGCGGCGGCGGCGGCUGACCUUUGUCCCUGCUGCAGUCGGCGGCUGAGCCCUUGCCGUGCGGAGCGGCUUGCUGGCAGCUGGCACUGAGCUGCUUAUCUGCCCCCACGCAGCCAGCUCUGUCCGUCUGCCAAGAAUCUUCCCGUUACGAGCAAACAAAGUGCCGCCAGUAGUAUCAGCAGGUCCUCUCCGCGAGGACCAAGGGCUGUGUGGGGGCUGCCUACCCUGCAGACGUGGAGGCCCACAUGUUCCACAGGUAGAGGGAGCUGGUGCCGAUGAGCAGGGCCGGCUCUCACUGCAUUUCUCCACGCGUCCCAGGCCGCCUCCUGCGUGCUUUGGCUGUCAGCUUUGAUGAGGGCCUUGGUUACACCUAAGGGGACAAAGGAGACCUCAGGACACAAAGGCAGGCAAGGCCCCCUCCUCACCCCAGGGAUACCCCUUGGUUGGAUUGGUUUUGAUGGAGUUGUGGCACACGGGACAGACGUGUACCUGGGCUGGAGGCCGAGCUGCAGACACGUGCUGUCUCCCUCCCGUGUGGAGGGGCCUCUCACCUGUCCCGAAGCCUCUCUGCCUCACCGUCUUCCCUGGUCUGCCGAGACCGUUACAGCUCUCGUGCGCAAGUAGACAAUCAGAACAGACCCGAGGGUCAGGCGGCACUAUCCCGAGGGAAGGCUGGGCCCCAGUCACGGCGCCGCCACGCCAGUCUCCAGCAGUCGCCGCCCCACUCGUCUCCAGCGACUCUGGAAGGACGCAGCAGCGUCUGCUUGCAGUCGGGCUUCAGUGAGCUCCCUGUUCAGCUGUCUCGUGCUGGAUUUGAAACUGCCAGGUGCAGCCGCCGUCAGUAUCCACCUAAGACCCUGGGCCCUCACGUCCAGGAAGAGACGGCUGCCAUCUGUCCUUUGACGGGGGGCUCGUCAGGCUUAGGAGGGGCACCUCCCAGGGAUGGGUCAGGUUCCACACUCAAUCAGAUCUUUAAAUCAAGUUGCUUUUGUUUCCCAUCAACAGAGCCAAACUGGCACAAUAAAGGCGCAUGCUCCCAACCCAUUGCUUCAGCUAAGUGCCCAAGAUAGGAUUUGCCACACUGUAGCCUGCAACCUUACAGGAACAAAACACGUCACUGGCAUUCGCACCUCCCAGUGGAGUAUAGAAAGCAGCCUGUGCCCUCAGCAGCAAAGAAUCACCCCGAGGGUGAGCUCUCUUCCUCACAUGACGCCACGUCUCCAGGAAGGUGAACUUCACAGCAGACGCCGCUUCCCCUCUGCCUUGAGUGUAGACCAUGCCCAGGCCCACCACCAGGUGGAGACGGUUAGCGCACGCCAGCUCCGCUCCAGUAGCCUCCCAGCAGCGGCUUCUCUCACAGUCGCCUGUCCCCACCCCGAGGCCAGUGCUCCGCUCCUUGUCUGCCUUGACCUGAGCGCGACCACGCUCACUGGCCGCAUGACUGUGCGCGCCCUGUGCUAACGACCACGCAGUGAACCCACACAGGGUGGGAGGGCGGGCCACA